GCUGGCAUCCGGCCACCGACGGGUCUAUCAGACCGGGAGGAAGGGUCUGAUAUGAGUCAGGCGGGGUGGGAUUGGUGUGGGUGUGACCUACUCGAAUUGGAUUUAAAAGGAACUCAGAACUCUCAGAAGUCAACAAGCAAACAAGCAAGAUGAGUCUCUCCGACAAAGACAAGGCUGCCGUCAAGCUUCUGUGGAGCAAGAUCUCCAAGUCCUCCGAUGCGAUUGGAAAUGAUGCUCUGAGCAGGAUGAUUGUCGUCUAUCCGCAAACCAAGACCUACUUCGCUCACUGGCCAGACCUGUCCCCCGGCUCUCCUCACGUUAAAGCCCACGGCAAGACCGUGAUGGGUGGAAUCGCUCUUGCUGUGAGCAAGAUCGACGACCUGAGAGCCGGCCUGUUGGAUCUCAGCGAGCAGCAUGCCUACAAACUGAGAGUGGACCCGGCCAACUUCAAGAUCCUGUCCCACUGCAUCCUGGUGGUGAUCUCCAUGAUGUUCCCAAAGGAGUUCACUCCUGAGGCCCAUGUCUCCCUGGAUAAAUUCCUCUCAGGUGUGUCCCUGGCUCUCUCUGAGAGAUACCGCUAAACUGCACACAGAGGGAAAUGCCACAUGCAGGCCAUCAUGUCACUCAUGGUGAACAAUUCGAGAAUAAACUGCAUGCAGCUCAAAACUGACUUGUGUCUUUCAUGUCUUCUGAAAUGUGUCUUAUAAUUCAUACUAUACUUUAUUUCUUGCAAGGGAAUAAAUGAAGUGAGCAUUGA